GGCGCCACUGGCGCUUUCCGUUACCCUCCCCUUCCGGCCCCUCCCUGUCGCGUGUAGGGCGCCUGUGCUGAGGCGUCGGGAGCCAGCGCGGCGAAGACCAUGUUGCUUCCGAACAUCCUGCUCACUGGUACACCAGGGGUUGGAAAAACCACGCUAGGCAAAGAACUUGCAUCAAGAUCAGGACUGAAAUACGUUAAUGUGGGUGAUUUAGCUCGAGAAGGGCAGUUAUAUGAUGGCUAUGAUGAAGAGUAUGAUUGUCCCAUUUUAGAUGAAGACAGAGUAGUUGAUGAGUUAGAAAACCAAAUGAGUGAAGGUGGAGUUAUUGUUGAUUACCAUGGUUGUGAUUUCUUCCCUGAACGCUGGUUUCAUAUAGUAUUUGUGCUGAAAACAGAUAACAGUGUUUUGUACAAAAGACUUGAAACUAGGGGUUAUAAUCAGAAGAAACUAAAAGACAAUAUUCAGUGUGAAAUUUUUCAAGUUCUUUAUGAAGAAGCCUUGGAAUCCUACAAGGAAGAAAUAGUGCAUCCGCUGCCAAGCAAUAAACCAGAAGAUCUAGAGGAUAAUAUCAAUCAGAUAUUGAAAUGGAUAGAGCAGUGGGUCAAAGAUCAUAGCUCUUGACUUAACAAGAAUGCCACUUUACAAUCACUCUUGAUACCUCUCUGCUUACAUCAUAUAAAUUGUUCAAUUAUCAGUAUCAGUACAACUUCCUUAUUGAAAUUGUACUAUUGGACUCAUAGGUGGAUAGUAUAAAGGUUUAUGUUUAGUUUUUUUCUCCAUGAGAAAGCUAAACAAUCUCAAAUAUAAUGAAUAGUAUUAUUAAGGAUUGAGAGUUAAAACUGUAAUUGUUUAAUGCUUCAGUUGCUAAAGAAUAAAUAAAUCUGAUCAAAUGGUUGGAUAUCUUUUAUUACAGAAGAAAUUGAAGAUGAUCUCUUAAAAUAAAACUUAGACUAAAGAUAAA